AUGGGGAACAUAUCCAAGACCGUGUUGGAAUACUCCCUCAAGGCGGUUGAUGCCGCCAUCGAGUUCAUCCAGACCUCCGGAUCUCCGCAAUCAUACAGCUUGGCACCGAUCAAUGAGCCUCUCGAUGUCGAGAACCCGGCUCUGUUCGGCACGCCGGACUGUCUCACCGACAGCGGUGCUGCGUGGGUGGCAAAGUAUAUCCUUCAAGUUUUGCAGAGAGUACAGGCCGUCAACGCGCAGAUACCCGUCAUGUUCCAAGGCAGCUUCAAGGGCGAGAGCUACUGGUCGUCAAGCCGCGGGGCGAGCGCCGCCAAUUUGACCAUGUUCAUCUGCCAGGACGCGGUGUCCGCGGCCGGGGCCUGCAAGUUUCCGGUAUUCGUGGGCGAGUGA